ACCCUUAUUACAAAAUUCGCUCCCGUCGCGACCGCACGUUCAAUAGCUGUCGCCAGUCGACCUCUUUUGUCGUGCGAAGUGCGAACUUAACUUGUUUACAUCGGCUAGUCGGAGCGAUGCAUGGUGCGUUUCGCGCGGUUGUGUCAUUGGCCUCAGCCGAUUAUCGCUAAAUUACGUGUGAAUUACGGACAAUGCUCUGAGAGUUGCGUCAAAACUUUUUUGUGUGAACUUUGCGAGCUCAGACCGUGAUCUCUUAGCGCCAAAUUUUGAACUAUUCCUGUGCCAUCGAUCGAGUGAGAAAGUGACUUUUUGAAGAUUUUUUCUACAGAACUUUUACACAAAAUAUUGUCGUUUGUAAAUUGAGGGAAUAAACACUAAAAGUGAUACUUUUUCGCAAAUCAUCAAAAACUGUCGUGAAUUUUCGAAGUGAGUUCUUCAUCAAGAAAACAGAUCUGCCGAUUCAUGCAAAUAUUGAACAGAUCUUGAAUCAUACAUUCAAGCGGACACAUAUCAUUUAUGCAUACAAAACAAACGGCGAUCUAUCCACGAUUCCUCCGUAGAAAAAGACACUACGCCCGACAAAGAUGGCUAUAGCGUUCAACUUGCCGAGUGAGAGAGAGGCGACAGAGGAGAACUUCUCUAGACUGAACAGGCUUCUGGCUGAGCUUUACGAUGUUCUGUGCCACAUCCUGGUGUCUCGACAGCCCGGGCAAGAGACUCUGGCCCACGACACGCGUCGAGAUGCCGUCCGACCUUACCACUCCGAGUCCGACAUCGACCGUCCAACCAUCGAGCCCCAAUGCCGUCUCUCCGCCUCAUCCCCCCCACUCUCCCUGACCUUUGACGACCUGGAGGACGACGUGUUUAUCAGUCCCCGGACAGAUAACGGCAACGAUCUCUUCGCCACUAGAAAUGUUGAGAUAUUCGGAUACGGGAGUCCGAGGACGCCUGCGGGGGUGCUGUUGAGUCCGCGAAGGGACAGGACGUUCACGUUUCCUGAGACGAGCGAGAAGCAUUGGAGGGAUAAGGGGGGGACGGAUAUGGCUGACGGCGUGGGAGACACUGAUGUGACUGACGCAGUAUCACCUGAAGAAUCGUCGCCGGACAACUCGUCCGACAGCUCGUUGUUCUCAUCAAUACUGCCGGACAAGCUGUCUGCGGGCUCCAUCUGCACAGCAGUGCUCUUAAUGCUCGGUUGGAAGUUUUUAAGUAAACGAUGAAAUCACAUACCUACUCGCGAAAUUUGCACCGCCAUCUAGCGUGCAAUGAGUAGUGCUAACUACUCCUGUGUCACGCUUGUUAAUUUUGUAUACAUUUUAUGUCUAUCGGUUAUUUUAUAAAUAGCCUUUUUACUAUGAUAGACACAUAAACAGUUGUUGUAUAAACUGUAUUUGUAUAUUAAACUUUCGCACUUUUUGACAUGUUUGUGUACAUGAAUAUUCUGAAAUUGUUACAUACUUUUUGUAGAUUUGGACUAAUUAUUCUCCUUAUGUAUUGAGAUUAUUUAUAUAAUAAAGAUUGAACGGCAAUGCGGGAAAAAUAACUAGAACUUUGAGGGAAAGUGAGGCAUUCUAAAAGUGAAUUUCAUAAUAAUUAACCUACUUACUCAAUAUUGGUAUUUUUUAUAAAUUGUAGGGCAAAAAUAAAGCAUAUUUUACCAACUAAAUAAAUUAUUCACAUGUCAAUUUUACAUUCCGCUUUCGGUGUUGAAGUAUAAUCCAUAGUUAUUAUCUGAACUGAACAUGUAGAAAUACUUAUCUCUAUUUAUCUUAAUUACUAUUUAGAAAUUUCUUCGAAGGGUGGACCACAUAUGUUCUAUAUUAUACAAAAAUAGAUUUUAUUUUAGUAUGAAAAUAAAGUCCGUUUUCCCAGAAAUUGUUCCAAAGAGAGCAGCCUAAAAAUUAUCAUCGAUUGAUCUCAUUUUAUUAUUUUUGUAAUAAAAAUGUUUAUUUUAGAAUAGCGCUAGCGUAUUUAUAUGUAAAGAGGGAGUGGAGAGUGCCAAGUUAUGUAAAAUGAAAAUUUUAUCAGAGAAGGUCUAUUUUAAUAAUAUUUCUUGUAUAAAAGAUAAUUUUUAGAUGAUUAAUAUGCUCUGACAUUUCUGUUAAACUCAAAACUUGAAAUUAAUUAUUCUAUGCCCAAAAUUUCUUGUCUGAGUAAAUCAUUUAUUGAAUUAAUUUGGAGCUGUUAUAAUUAAUCAAUGGAGUGUUAAAGAAAUGAAAGGGUCUUGUACGAUAAUUAUGUAGUUUAUAUUCGACUUUAAUUCGUAAUUACCUUAGUAUUAUGCUAGAUUUUUAUUCGUUGUAUCCAUGAUGUUUUAUAAAGCGUUUUGUUUUCAUCAAAGUUAGAAUCGUCAAUUAAUUUAAAUUUGCAAAAAUUAAAAAUCCAAGACCUUCACCUAAAUUGAAUGUAAAGAUAAUACAUUAGAAACUCAGUUGAACUGUCUUUUUAGUAACCAAAAUGGGAACAAAACGUUUCGGGAACAAAAACUCUUUCAUCAACUCAUCUUAUUCAUUUUAAGCAAUUUCAUUUUAGUAAUUACAAAAUGGAAGGAUGUGUUCAAAUGUGAUAUGUAAUUUAUUUAAGGAGAUGAUUAAAUAAAAGAAGUUUUCCUAAUGAUCUCUCGAAAACUCUUAUUGCUAAUAUUUUUUUGCUAAUUUGUGCUAAAUAAUAAUUCAAUUAAUACGACAAUGGUUUACAAUGAUGUAAAUAUUUUUUGUAAUGUAUUAACUAGCACAAAUUGCGAAUUAAACCGACAUUAUGCAUAUAAGAGUUUUGUACAUAAAUUAAAUUGGUAUGCUUAUUGCUCUUUUAUAAGAAUAAAAUUUUGUAGAGGACAAAUCCUAAAAUUCUAUAAGCUUCUCAAUGCGAAUAAAAUAGAAGACGCACACAUUUGGCACAAUAUAGUACAUACUUAUAUCAUUUAUACGACUAAAAUUACUGCCUUGAAAUGCUAUA